UUAUUUUUUAUUGCACUUAUACGAGAUAUUUUCUAUUAUAUCAAAUCUUUUAACUAUACGCAUGGGUAAAGUUACGCGCUUCUUACGUGACCGUGUGAUUAGUAUAAAUUUCCCCACGUGUUAAUAACCACUUUCACAGUAUGAUUGGACCACAAAGACAUUAAGAUUAAAUGAUGUAUUUCUCUAUCACAUUGUAAAGACUGCCGCCGGUGUACACGUGAAAUAACAGAGUCUUCCAUAUGCCCAAGUUCUACAGUUUGCUCAACCGAAAUGUUUGAAAUCCGAAAUAACAAUAAACUUGCUAGAACUAUUAAUAAGUUAUUAGAUAACGAGUACCGUUUUCAGAAAUAGGUACAACUUUAUCCUGAGAUAUUGUAGUAUAGCUAAAUAUAUCGGGGGUUUUCAGAAACAGGCUAUAACUCUAUAUUACCUGUGUAUUUUAAUACAAAGCAACGGUCAGAUUACUGACCCUGUGAGCAAUAUAUGAGCACUGGUCAUCCGAGUAUCCGAGGCACCCUGCAACCAGUUGUAACACAGACCCCGGCCAGAGACGACGAUCAGAGACGAGUCCUACAACUCUAGACUACGUACAGUUGUAACACAGACCCCGGCCAGAGACGACGUUCAGAGACGAGUCCUACAACUCUAGACUACGUACAGUUGUAACACAGACCCCGGCCAGAGACGACGUUCAGAGACGAGUCCUACAACUCUAGACUACGUACAGUUGUAACACAGACCCCGGCCAGAGACGACGUUCAGAGACGAGUCCUACAACUCUAGACUACGUACAGUUGUAACACAGACCCCGGCCAGAGACGACGUUCAGAGACGAGUCCUACAACUCUAGACUACGUACAGUUGUAACACAGACCCCGGCCAGAGACGACGUUCAGAGACGAGUCCUACAACUCUAGACUACGUACGGUGAGUCCCUUAGGAUUUUCCUGAGCACUUAACUGCACUGUGCAUGCAUUUAAGAUAUUGUACACUCCACUACAAUAUCAGAAUUAUGCAUGUCACGUAAGACAAGUAAAAUGGAAUACUAAGUAAGGUAUUUAUAUCAACCAUUUUGAUACUGAUGAGUAGCCCAAAUAGAGGUCGUUCUAAAUAUUAACAUACAGUGUAAAAAAUGGCGGUACAUGAGCUGAACUCAACAGAUUAUGCCACUAUGGAAAAGGAACUAGAGAAAGAACUGCCUCUCUCCAUCUGUGUGUUUAAUCAUUUCAAAUUGCUGAGGAGGGGUUUGUUGACUGAUAAAGCAGUUCUCGUAGAUAGUUGGCCAAAUUUCUCUGCAGUUGUCAUCGUGGAUAGCAAGAGGAAGAAAACUCUCCCAUACGCAGUGGCUUUCUGCAAACAACCAAACUUCUAUCAAUCUCUUGAGAUCUUACUACGACAUGCUUUUGGAGUGCUGGCAUCACCUUUAUUCAUUGUUGGCUGUACAAGUGCCGUGAUGGAUGCCUUGGUUAACAGUUUCAGAGAUGUAGAAACCUCUCCUGUUAAAAGAAGAAUUGAUGGAGUUAUUUUUACACUUCCUCCUGACAAAAUAGUUCCUUUAGAAACUCCAGAUGGAUUCAGAAUCACCAAAUUAAAACAAUCUCAGGUAGAAAAUGUUCACAACUCCUGGGAAUAUAAAGAAAAUUAUGACCGAUAUGCAGACCUGAGGUAUCGGAUAAGGUAUCUUAUCUCUAAUUUCCACAAUGUCUGUAUCGAAACCGAGGAUGGACGUCCUGUUGCCUGGGAACUUCAACAAGAAUAUGGCGGGAUAGGGAUGUUGUACGUGGAACCUGAGUACAGAAGAGCAAAUCUAGGAAGCGUUGUCACGAGGACACUCGCCGGAAAACUGGUUAAAGACGGUCAAUCAGUGUUUGCUUUUGCUGAAGACACCAACGAGACAUCAAUUAAUUUCCACAAGAAAAAUGGUUACGUACUUCUGCCUUUCAAACCUUCAAUUGCAAUCUACAAUUUGUAGCAUUGAAAAGCACAUUUUACUCGCAGAAUAUCUACAAAGGACACAUAUUGAGACCUUAAUAAAACGAGUGCUGAGUGUUAUGGGUCAGAGUUACCCUUAAUAAAAUAGCAGCAGAAUUUACUAACAAAAAGCAAUUAAAAAUUAUUAAGACUUACUCAAAAUAAGGAUUGAAAGAAAAUUGUAACAAUUGCAAAAUAUUAACUUCCGGUAGUUGAACAAUAAAUAUGAAAAAUCCGUGCCGAACUGAAUAAAUAGUUAAUUCCCAAAAUCCUGGUUCAAAGUUAUAAAUAAUCCAAAUGCAUAGAAAGUGUAUAACCAGAGCUUUUUCUAAUCAGGGGAUUUUUAUCAUAAGAUUUUCAGUGUGUUUAUAAUAAGAAUGAAUUUUCUAUAAUAAUCUUAAAAGACAAUGAUGCAACCAUUAUAGCAUAUUUCUUCUAAAAGUAACAUGAGCUCUAAAACAAUCUAGGUCACAGGUGUCAAUCGAGUGCAAGCAGUGCACAACAAUAAAUAUACACCCAAGUCUAGAACAAUUUAGGUCGCAAAUCUAAAUUGAGUACAAGUAGUACAUAAUACCCCAUUAAAUAAUUUAAAUAAUUUGAAUGACUUUGAAAACUUAAAUUCUCUAAAACACAUAUACAUAUACACAGGGAUGCUUACUCCUCAUAUACACCUGAUCCCACCUCUGGUGUGUCCAGGUGUCCGUGUUUGCCCGACUAUCUAUUUUGUAUUACUCAUAGGAGUUAUGAGAUUGAUCACUAUUCGUUAUCUUCACCUUUCAUGUACAUGAAUCAAAGCAACAACAAAACAUACUCAUGACACUCUUGAUGAAGCAUAUGCUAUAACAUUUGCCUUUGAUAUGUUUGAUAUCAAUAUCAUACUCAUGUAAUAAUAAACUCUAUCUUGUGAGUCUUUGA